GAUCGAGGGCAAUGUUUCGCGCCAGAGCCAGUUUGAGCCGAUUUUCAAAGCGAUUGAAGCCAUUCCAGACCAGUCCAUUUUGCUCCAAAUCCCCCAUUGGGACCAACAAGAACAGCAACAACGGCGAGAUCAAUGGCAUCAACAAGGUGGAGUCGGAUCUCAGCAGCUAUAAGGAGGCGUACAAGCAGCUGGAUAACUUGGACUUCAUGACCGCCUGCAAGAUCCUCUUCACUGAACCUCCCAAGAAAAAGAAAUUUGGGAUUGAUUUCCAUCUGGUUCAGCUCUUCUUUGUUUGCAUGCCGUCUUUGGCUGUUUAUCUGGUGGCCCAGUAUGCUCGUUAUGAAAUGAGGAAGAUGGAAGCGGACCUGGAGCUGAAAAAGAAGAAAGAAGAAGAGACAGCUAAACAAAUAAAGUUACAAGAACGUGAAGAAAUUCAUGAUAAGAACCAGGAGCUUCAAGAGGUAAAAACAAGACUUGAUAAACUUGAGGAGACUAUAAAAGAAAUUGCUGUUGAAUCCAGAAAACAAUCAGGGAGUGGUAUUGUCACAAAGAACUCUGAAAAGGCUCAAGGCGUUGAUAAAACCAAACAUGGGGCAAAUAUUGAUCCUAGCAAGUCUAUGGAUGACCAUCUUGGUGGACAAAAGAUAGUACCGGCUCCAGUUUUGCCCAAAAGUCGUGCAUCUACAACAGGAGAAGAUAGUAAGCAUCAAAACCAAGGUGGAGCAUCUUCUCCAGAUUCCAAGAGAUGAGGAAGACGUCUCUUAAUAUUACUGCAAUAUCCUGCGCAUGGUAUACUUUUUGGUGAAGCUAGAGAAAAGAAGUGAACCAUGUUGCCGAGAAUCCAAUGGUUCCAGGUUUUGUUUAAUAACUAUAUUUCUUGAUGCGGUGGGUUUGAUCAUCACCAAUGUAAAUGGUUAAUAGGCAAAGGAUUGAUGCCCAUUUUGUUACGAAAAUUAAUGACCUGAUUAGCAAUCAAUUUCUGUUUGUGUCAUGGAAAUGUACUUAGAUACAGAGAAUUUUUACUCU